AUGCGUCGAUUUGUCGGGCGCCGCUCUGAGUGGCACUGCUGUGUUUCGAGGAGCUUCGAAACGCUCUCGGGUAUCCCACGCGGCACGAAACGGGACGGCUGCGUAACGACUUCUCAUCAUCGCCGUUUGAGGCCUGGCGGCGGGCAAGACGGUGGCGAUCCGCGCGAUGGGCAAGGGGCAGAACCUGGAGAUGAUGAUCACGCAUCCCGACAAGGCGCACAAGCCCGCCGAGGCAAGCGAGGUCAUCGUGCUCAAGAAGGACAUGCCGCAGAUCGCCAAAAACAUCACGGACCGGCUAACCACGUACGAGCCACGGCUGAACAAGGCAGCGCUCGCCUACGCGUACAACCUGCACAGGGCGCUGCGCCGCAGCGAGAGGGGGCAGGUGGGCACCAGGGCUGA